AUGAACGUCGUGUACAACGCCGCCCUGCGGCAGAGCAAGUCCAUCAACAACGAGCUGUCGACCUUGCAGUCCAAGGGCGAGGCGUCCGCGGCCGAAAUCGGCAACGUGUCCGUCUCGCUGGCCACCUUCAGCAAAGCCAUCGACGAGUACAACAGCCUCGCGCGGCAGGAAAUCGUGCCCAAGAAGCAGGAGGAGGCCUUUGAGCGCGUGCGGCGGUUCCGCGACGACCUCGCCUCCUUCCGUGGGCAGGUCGACAACCUCAAGAAGGCGCGCGAGGAGGCGCAGUACCAGCACAACCGCACCGAGCUCCUCGGCCGGCGACCCUACCACGCCACCUCCACGCCGGAGAACCCCUACGCGAACGCGACAACGAGCACCUCCUCGACGUUUCAACCCCGGCACACCAGCACCAACAGUGGACAGCCGUCGUACAUGACGACGGGGGCGCAGGACGAGGCGCGCGAGGCACACGCGUUCCGCGAGCAAAACUUCUUCGCGCACACGAACCAGGCGCUCGACGACUACAUCGCGCGCGGGCAGGCGGUGCUGGGCGACCUGGGCCAGCAGCGCGAGAUGCUCAAGAACACGCAGAAGCGGCUGUAUAGUGUCGCAAACACGCUGGGCGUCAGCGGCGAGACGAUCCGCAUGGUGGAGAGGCGUGCGCGCGAGGACAAGUGGAUCUUUGCGGCGGGCGUCAUCAUCUUCUUUGGAUUCUGCUGGCUGGUGCUGCACUACCUGCGGUGA